AUGAUUGAAGCAUUUAUUCCCCUCCUUCAGCUCUCUAAUUCCCCAAGAAUUGUUAAUGUCGCUUCUUUCUUGGGGAAGUUAAAGCUAUUGUGUAACGAAUGGGCUAUAGGAAUGCUAAGUGAUGCUAAAAGCCUGACAGAAGAAAGGGUGGAUGAAGUGUUAAAUGAAUUUCUCAAAGAUUUUAAAGAGAAAUCAAUAGAAGCCAAAGGAUGGCCAACUUACUUCUCAGCUUACAAAGUCUCUAAAGCAUCCCUGAUUGCUUACACAAGGGUUUUAGCAACGAAAUAUCCGAAUUUUCGGAUAAAUUGUGUGUGUCCUGGCUUUUGCAAAACAGAUGUGAACUGCAAUACUGGGAGCUUAAGUGCUGAAGAAGGUGCUGAAAGCUUGGUGAACUUUGUUCUUUCCAUAAAAGUUAAGAGCUGAGAGACCACUUAUGACUAACGUGUGGCACAAAGAACUUCCAUUUAAGAUAUCUUUCAUGACAUGGAGUGUAAUUCAUAAGAAAGUGCCCACAGAUGACAUAAUUUCUAGAUUUGGAAUUACAGGGCCACCUAGGUGUUGUUGCUGCAAAGUCUUAAAGUACUGUUUUUUUUUUAACUUUAUAAUACAAUUAAUUUGUUCUAUAA